AUGGCCGAAGCAAAUUUUGUAGAUGUUGAAGCUCUGUUGAGCAACUUGACGCUGGAUGAGAAGGUGGAGCUUCUGGCGGGCCAGGGAUCAUUUCGCAUGACCGGUCUUGAAAAGCAUGGAAUUCCUGCGCUUAUUACUUCAGAUGGACCUCAUGGAAUCCGAGGACGGCGGUCGUUCACUCGUAUGCCGAGUCCAAUGCUACCGUCAGCAACGGGAAUGGGCGCUACCUUCAACACUGAACUCAUCCACAAGAUCGGAAGCCUUCUUGGUGAAGAAGCAAAGGUCCGCGGUGUUCAUGUCUUGCUAGCACCGACACUUUGCCUACAGCGCUCACCCUUGAUCGGACGCGGUUUUGAAGCCUUUGGCGAAGACCCGUUUCUCAGUGGAACUUUGGGCGCGCAUUACAUCAAUGGCGUUCAAGAACAGGGCGUCGCAACAAGUGUCAAGCACUAUGCAGCUCACGAUCAGUCUGACAACAGUAUCGAGGACAACGUGGUUAUGACCGAGCGCACCCUUCGAGAAGUUCACAUGCUACCCUUCCAGCUCGCCCUUCGAGGAUCAGAUCCCUGGACGAUCAUGACGUCCUAUAACAAGAUCAACGGGAUUCAUGUAAGUGAGGAUCCUCUACUGAUGAAGGAGAUCCUGCGUGAAGAAUGGGGGUUCAAGGGACUUGUUAUGAGCGACUGGUUCGGCACAUACAGCACAUCCGAGGCGAUCAACGCUGGCUUGGAUCUUGAGAUGCCUGGACCAACAGAUUGGAGAGGAAAGCGCCUCAGUAUUGCUGUCAACUCUCGAAAGGUGUCCAAAGCAACAGUCGAUACGGCCGUCGAGAACGUCCUGAACCUUGUCAAUAAGUGCAAGGCUGGCGAGAAAUCAGGAAAGCCUCCUCAAUCGGAUACGCCAGAGCAGCGAGCCCUGAUUCGACAGCUGGUGGCUGAGUCAGUAGUACUACUGAAGAACGACAAGCAAAGACUACCGAUAGGAAACCCGAAGAAUCUCAAGUUUGGAUUGAUUGGAGAUCACGUCAAGAACCCUGCUCUUUGCGGUGGUGGAAGUGCCGAGGUUGAGCCCUACUAUGGCAUCACCCCAUAUGAGGCGAUCAAGGAAGUUGUAGGAGAGGAGAAUAUCACAUAUACUCCAGGCUGCAAUUCCUUCCGAUUUAGUCCCCUCAUCAAGGGUCAUACACCCCCAGAUUCCGAUACUGAGGGCUGGUCUGUCGAGAUCUUCGGAGAGGACCCGCAGGAGAGCCCCAAUGCCAAGGUCCUUGUCUCAACUACAGCCGAGAAGCAACUAGUCGAUGUUCCAGAGAGCUACCACGCCUCACUCCCAACCAAAUUCUACGCCAGAGCGAAAGCUAAAUACACUAUCCACGAGUCUGGAAAGCUCAAGUUCGGCUUCAGCACCUCUGGAAAGGGAAAGCUCCUCAUUGAUGGCAAGGAGGCUAUCGAUUUGUGGACAAGCCAGCCUCCAAAAACUGACUCAACACCUUGCUUCAACCGACUGUCCAUGGAGAGGUUUUACGAGGGCGAAUUUGAAAAGGGCCAGGUACUAGACCUCGAGGUGCUCCAAGUUAACGAGAGCCUCUCAGGCGGUGUUGGCACUGCACAGACACUCGCUGGUCGCGUUGGAAUUUUUGAGCUCUACAACGAAGACCAGGGAAUCAAGGAUGCCGUGGACCUCGCCAAGAAGGUUGAUGUCCCCAUCGUUAUCACUGGCUUAUCAUCAGACUUUGAGUAUGAGGGCAGUGACAGGAAGCACCUAAGGCUUCCCGGUCGCGUGGACGAAUUGAUAUCGGCUGUUUUGGAGGCCAACCCCGAUUCUAUUAUCAUUACGCAAUCAGGGUUGCCCAUCGAGAUGCCAUGGGAGUCUCAAGCGGCGACUCUUCUUCACGCCUGGUUUGGCGGCCAAGAGACAGGUCAUGGCAUGGCUGAUGUCCUUUUUGGCAAGGUCAAUCCCUCCGGAAGGCUCUCACUAACAUUCCCCAAAUCCGUCAAGCAUACUCCAGCGUACCUCACCUUCUCCAAGGCGGACUACGACAUUGUGUAUGGUGAAGGUGUCUUUAUCGGUCAUCGUUACUAUGAGAUGGUUGAUCGAGAGCCACUCUUCUACUUCGGUCACGGCCUAUCAUACUCAAAGUUCGAGUACUCAAAUCUCAAUGUCCCAAAUGAGUUUACACCAGCAGCUGAUCACCAGAUGAGAGUCACUGUCGACAUCACUAACAAGGGCGCCUUUGCGGGUGCCGAAGUUGUUCAGCUGUACAUCCACCAUGCGGACAGCUCUCUUCAACGGCCAGUCAGAGAGUUGAAGGCAUUCACCAAGGUUAAUGUGGAUGUCAAUGAGACCAAGACUGCGGAACUUACUCUUGAUAAGUAUUCCUUAUCAUUCUGGGACCAGGAAGCAUCAAAGUGGAAGGCUGAAGCUGGAAAGUACACCGUGAUACUUGCUUCCAGCUCAAAUCCAAAGGAUGAGAUUGCGCGCGCAGACUUUACCUUGCCCAAGACUUUCUUCUGGAAGGGCCUCUAG